AAGGACACAUAUAAAGGCUUCCCAGACUCUCUCCCCUGCCUGCGGGCUCAGAGCGGCCGCAGAGGCAAGCGUGGAUUCCUGCGGCCUUCUGCCACGAUGAAGCGGGAACUGUGUUCGAGGGCCCUGACUCGCGCCUUCCUGGCCGAAUUAAUUGGCACGACGGUCUUUGUUUUCGUAGGCCUGGGCUCAGCCCUGCCCUGGCCCCUGGCCUCCCCUUCGGUCCUGCAAGUCGCUCUCGCCUUUGGCCUGGCUAUCGGCACCUUGGCCCAAUGCUUGGGCCACGUCAGCGGCGCCCAUCUCAACCCUGCAGUGACCACCGCGUUCCUGCUGGGCUCUCGCAUCUCCCUUUGCAAAGCUGUUUGCUACGUCCUUGCUCAGCUCCUCGGAGCAGUGGUGGGAGCUGCUCUUCUGUAUGAACUGACCCCCAGUCAGGUCCACGGAAGCCUGGGGGUCAAUGCGCCCCAGAACACCACGUCGGCAGGACAGGCUGUGACCAUUGAGAUGUUCCUCACACUCCAGCUGGUCCUCUGUGUCUUUGCGUCCACCGACAGCCGCAGGACGGAUGUUGGCUUCCCGGCAUUGUCCAUUGGAUUGUCAGUCACUGCAGGACACCUGAUAGGGAUCUACUACACUGGCUGCUCUAUGAACCCGGCUAGAUCCUUUGGCCCAGCUCUGGUCAUGGGGAACUUUGCUAACCACUGGAUUUUCUGGAUCGGGCCGCUAGCUGGUGCCAUCGUAGCCAUGAUGCUAUACGACUAUCUUUUGUGCCCGCGACCCAGGAGCACGGCAGACCGAAUUGCCAUCCUCAGAGGAGACCGUGAUCCUGAGAAAGAAGCAGAGCAUGGACGUCAGAAGAAGCAGUCCUUGAAGACCUACUCUGUCCACACCAUUCCCAAGCUCAUCGACACGGAUGAUAAGGCUUGUGGGUUGGUCUCUUAAAGGAGACAGGCUCAGCCUUCUUGUUUACGCAGUGGGAUGGACGAGGCAGCUAACCUUAUGCUCAGGAUCCAGCUCUGUGGACUAGGAAUGCCUCGCCUUUGUCUCACCUCCAAACAGAGGAUUGGGUGGGAAAAAGCACCUUCCUUGCCCAUGUGACUUUUCAAAAUGCUGCUUGCUGACAGACUCUAGCUGUCAGGUUUCAGGGAAUCACAGCCCCCCGCACCCCCCACCCCUUGGCAGUAGAUAAGCAGAACAAAGGAAAAGGAGUCUUCUUACCAGUUAGAAACUUUAAUGAACACAGCGAGAGAACAAAGAAUUCCUAGGAAUGGCGGUGCUCCCAAUUAAGGGUUCCACCCACUUCCUCCCUACUCACCCACGUCACUACUGUGUCUUGUAACCUGAGCUCAUAACCACUGUGCUUUCUAUGCUGCCACCUUAUCUGCUCUUCUUGACCUUGGGCUGAGCGGAUGGAUGCUUUCCAGAGACAGUGAAUCUGUUCACUCUCUCUCCCGGCGCAUCUUCUCUUAGCUGUUCCCCAUCCAGGAUUUCCCAGCUUCUGCCUUCUGAACUAUGCCCCUCUGCAAACCACUGUUCCAAAUCUAUACUGUCCUUCUGCUCCUGGGAAGAUUCAGGAUCCGGGGGAGGGGGGGCUCCGAACUAUCCUCAGUGCAGCCCUCCUCAGCACAGUCCCCGACACUAGCAUAAGAAAAUCAUGAUCUCAGGAGGGCAUACCCAGGGGGCUAGCUAGCUGCUCCGGCACCCAGGGUGGCGGGGGAAGGAUGAUCCGCUUAUGGGGCAGGGCGAUCCGCCCACGGGGGCACCGUAGCGAGCUGCCCACGGAGUCCGCCUGGUGGACGCAGGCCCCAUGCUGCCGUUUUGGGCAGUUCGGGGCCCCGAGCCACUGCGUCCCUCCCAGGAGGGACAAGGCCCCCCAGUAAGUGCCACCCCCUGCGGUGUGAUAUUUUGUCACCCACUCAGGGAUGACACUGGGGUGGGCCACAACUCCCCGCGCCCCGCUUUGUACGCCCCUGGGUAUACCCACACUAAAAACCUUAUUGUAGUUUUGAAUUCAUAUUUUAAAUUGUCGAGGUUUUCAUCAGCAAAUUCUGGGAAUGAUCAUCUUGGCUGACCUCCUCUGCCAGCAUUCCAGCUUGUCAAUAUCCUUAAAUUGUGGCGCCCAGAACUGGACACAGAAUUCUAGUUGUGCUCUUCAGCCACCCAGUAAUUUACUAAUAUCAUUUGUAUGAAAUUAAUAUGCGGGUGGCGCUGUGGGUUAAACCACAGAGCCUAGGACUUGCCGAUCAGAAGGUCGGCGGUUCGAAUCCCCA